AUGGAUGAUGAGAACGCAUUGAAAUAUUUAAUCAAGCUUACCCAGGAUGGCGAAUUGUGCACGCUUAAAAAGGAACUUGGUGGCAACAUUGUUGCACAUUUUGUCAACAAGAAACAUUUCGGGAAAUCGGGUGAUACGUUGUUGCAUUAUGCCGUCCGUCAUGGCCACUUGGACAUUGUGCAAUUUUUAGUAAAAGAUAUUGGGAUGGACAUAGAGCUGUACAAUACCGACUACAAAAGAGCUCUGCAUGAAGCUGCGUCCAUGGGACAGGGGGAGUGUUUGCGCUAUCUGAUCACCGAAGGAGCCAAAGUAGACUGCUUAAAAAAGGCUGAUUGGUGAGACAUACAUUGACACGCAUGCCAUGUCCAAACAUUAAGACAACGUUAUUCCUUAUACUUUUUAAACGAAAUAAAAAAGAAGUUGUAGAUUUUCAAGUAUUUUUUAUUGAAAGGUGUAUUGAAAAACAUAUUUUUUUCCCAGGUCAUUUAUCCCCCUUCGAUAGCUCAGUUGGUAGAGCGGAGGACUGUAGAGGCUAAAUGCUGAAAUCCUUAGGUCGCUGGUUCAAAUCCGGCUCGAAGGAAACUUUUUUCAGCCUCAACAAUGCAGUACAUUAUCAAUCAAAUGCCAAAUACUAAGUCCAAAAAUAACAAUAAAAAGUGGAAGAGAAAAGGUCAUACAACUAGUUGUGAGAUGUACACAAUAAAAUAAACAGUAUGAUUUAUAAAAUUAUUUUUGUCAAAUUAUGAUGACCGUUAUAUAAGUAGUAAAGUGAGAAGUGACUUGGUCUAGCAGCUUAAAUAAAUAAUAAUAAUAAUAAUAAUAAUAAUAAUAAUAAUAAAUAGUAACAGUAGUGGGUGACCUUGUGUGUGUGUGUCAUAUAUCAAAUAACAAAUAAGUUGUUCUAAGAUUCGAUUAAAGUUCUGGUUUCAAUUUAUCAUAUGGGUACUGAUUAAUUGAAUGACCAGAGUCAUAUUCAUUAGAGAGCAAAUGGAAGCAACCAGCCGAAACGGGGAAGAACUACCAGAAUUUGUCCAAUAAGAGAGGCUUGUUUUUUGUUUUCUGUUGCAAAACGUUUUGCUACCGUGUACACUAACGAAUACAAUCCUGCUUUUUCUUCUUGUAUGUAUCUCCCUUCGAUAGCUCAGUUGGUAGAGCGGAGGACUGUAGAGGCUAACUGCUGAAAUCCUUAGGUCGCUGGUUCAAAUCCGGCUCGAAGGAGAUGUUUUAAUAGGUCCAUGUAAUAUCACCCUGCCUGCAUAGUACACCAUUUUCAACACACUACUAUGAACAUAACAAAGCAUUAAUUACUACACAAAAUUGGGGUGGGAGGGUGUUGUUGUUUAAAAAUUGGCACAUUUUUAUUAUUGUUUUUAUUGAUUGUAUUGCCUUUGUGACCCAAUAAAAACAAUUGUUCACCAAAAAAAUUACCUCACACAAUGCAACACAUGCACCUGAAUUGAGAUAUAUGCAACUCUGGUCCACCAUCGUGACCCACCUCUCCUUCCAAGACCCCUCUGAUGAUGGCCUGCACCCGGAGGAACCUGGGUGUGAUCCAGGAACUGCUGUCGCAUGGGGCUGACCCCACGCUGAAGAACAAGGACGGCUGGAACUCUUUCCACAUCGCCUGCAGGGAGGGAGACCCAGCGGUCAUACAGCACCUCCUACUGGCCAACCCUGAAGUCUGGAGGACAGAGAGCAAGACGCUGGGGACUCCUCUGCACACUGCAGGUAAUCACUGUGCUAACAAAUCAGACAUGUCACAGGUCUGGACAUAUUCACAGGUAUUUUGAACAAUACGCAUAACAUAUCACCGUUUUUUUCUGGUUCAUUACCCCUUCUCUGUCUAUUCUCUGUUCCUACAGCGAUGCACGGCUGUGAAGAAGUGGUCAGCAUCUUGGUACAGAGGUGUGUUUGUCUAUGUGUGUGUGUGUGUGUGUGUGUGUGUGUGUGUGUGUGUGUGUGUGUGUGUGUGUGUGUGUGUGAGGAUGAAUUAGGUAUGUCUAACUCAGAGUGUUUGCAUAUUUGUGAGAAGGCAUGUUAGAGUGUCAGAGUUGAGUCUCUGUGUGUUAAUGUGAUCAUGUGUAAUUGUGUGUGGGUGUAGCGCUAACUGACCCUCACUUCUCUGUUUGCAGGUGUGGUUAUGUUCCGGAUGGCAGGGACAGCUGUGGGGUCACUCCUAUUUAUGGACACAGUGAGGAACGGACACAUAUCUGUGGCCAAACUACUGCUGGAGAAGCACCAGGUAUACUGGAGACUCUGGCGGAAAAUACAAUUUCCAUCUAUCAAAACAUAGCUGAGAUAACUGAGAUUUGCAAAAAAAAACAGCUGGUGUGUAUCUCACUCAAAUUCCACCCUAGUCCCAUUAGGCAAAUUUAUCCACCUAAACCACUCCAGUACCCAUGCACAUUGAAUAAGGUACUGGCACUGACCAGUAUAUACUUGCAUUCUCGUGUUUCUUUAACUCUCAUCGUAGUUCUUUUUAUUAUAUUUUCUAUCUAUAUUAUUAUUGUUGGGAAAGAGCUCUCAAGGUAAGAAUUCCACUGCACUGUUUUACAACUGUUGUAUCCUGUGCACGUGGCAAAUCAACUUUAAAACGACUAAAAAGUAGCAUUUCACAAUGUUGUUUUAUAACAUUUUAAUCCUCUAACCCCAUUACCGAUUUUGUGACUAUGCUGUGUGUGUGUGUGUGUGUUUGUGUGUCACACAGGCCUCUCCGACUGCAGCAGACGUCCUGGGGGCCCAGCCGGUGCACCACGUUGCUGUCACAGCCCAGGAGGAGGCGCUAGAGUUCGUAGUGAGGGACCUCGGAGUGGACGUGAACCAGACAGCCACUGACAUGCAGCUCACUGCCCUGCACUACGCUGCCAAGGUUAGCUCUAUUCUGUAAACGUCUAUUAUCAGGCUUAUACUGUACAUAAAGGCAAAUUGUGGCACAUAUUAUAUCAUGCCUGAUAUUUUAUAUUUUCAGGAGGGCCACACAAGCACAAUCAAAACACUCCUCACAUUAGGAGCAGACCUUCACGCCAGGGACAAAAAGGGAAGAACAGGUACUGUAGAGCAGUGGUUCCCAAACUGUGGGGCAAGGGGUCACCCCCCCCCCCCCCCCACCCAAAAGGAACUCAGUCCGGCUUUAGACUUACUCUUGAAAGUUGUAAUAGUAGAAUGCAGAAGGUGCCAUUUCAAAAUUGGGUAGUGCAUCAUCAGUUCCUCUGGUCAUGUUAGUCAUUGCAUACCUUAGAGAGCUAUUUAUAACUUGUCAGAAAUGUCCAGAUCAACUAGCACAUAUCAGCUAACGUUUAUUUAUUUAUGUUUUUUUAGCCCAUAGAUAUUGUUAUACUUUUUUUGUCACUCAAAUAUCACAUGAAUAUACAUUAUGAUAAUUGCACUUUGCUUGUAGCAAUACACUUCCCGAUAUGCAUAAAUACAAAUCAAAUAAAUGGAGACCCCUUCCGAAUGGACCCGAGGACAGUCAGACCAGUUCUGAAAAGGCCCGUGGAAAAACAGACCCAAACAGACCCGUGCUGCUUCGGAUCCGAGAGACCUGUUCAGAUCAGAUAGUAGAAAGACAGAGAAAGAAACUGUCACGAUCGUUCAUUAACGAGAAGGACCAAGGCGCAGCGUGAUAUGUAUUCAUAUUUAUUUACGUACUGAACACACGACAAAACAACAAACGAACCGUGAAGUCCAAGGUAGACAAAAUAACAUACCUCACACGGAACAAGAUCCCACCACUGACUGGUGCCAAAAGGCUGCCUAAGUAUGGUCCCCAAUCAGAGACAACGAGCUACAGCUGCCUCUGAUUGGGAACCACCCUGGCCAACAUAGAUCUAAACGAUCUAGAACCUAAACAUAGAAAAACACAACAUAGAAACUACACACCCUGACUCAACAUUUAAGAGUCCCCAGAGCCAGGGCGUGACAGAAACCUCAGACUGGGCGCUGCCAGCGCCAUCAAUAAACAAGUGAUAUUGGCCAAAUGAUCCACAGUUAGGCCCUACGUGUCCUUAAAAACUGACUCUAACAAAUUUUCAAAAGAAACUAUUAGUUGUGUUUCAAUGUGUAGCAUAUUCAAAACUUCAUAGCCUAUUGUUUUAUUGGUUUUUACUGCCCUCAAACAAUAAUUGUCCACCUCACCGUUCAGCUGGCAGAGAUUUGAGCGCUAAAUGUAUCAGGACAUUGCAUGCAUACAGGUCUAGGCGUCCACUGUAUGAUAUUAUUAAAAAUAUAUAUAAAGGAAGAAAAGCUUAGGCCUAGGCCUAGAGAGAAAGAUAUGCAGGUGCCAUGUUCCCAACAUGCAUUUCUUUAUACUUGUCAGAUGGAACUUAAUUUGGCCAAAGAAAACACUUGUUGCAUAUUUAAAGAACUGGUUUAAACCUUCACAAAUGUUUUGAACAGACUAGGCCUAUAUUGGAGCAACUAUCUAAAUACAACAAAUGACAGCAAUAGGCUAAAGCUAUUUAUUUUACAACAGGCCUACUUUUAACCUAUAUUAAACUAAAUGUGGAGUACAAAAUUAAAAAAGACAGUUCAAACUUAAUUUAGCCAACAAAAAUGUCUCAACAUAAUGAAACAAAACACUUUUUGCAUAUUUAAAGAGCUGGUAUAGAUUAUUAAACAGGCCUACAAUAAUAAUAAAGAUAUGCAAUAAUAAUAAUGAUAAAACAAAUGACAAUAAAUACGAAAAUAAAUACAUACAAGUAAAAAAUAAUUACAUUAAACCUGAAUAGCGAGUUGCACUCAGUCCAUUUGUCCACUACAAUAUUAAGAUUCCCCUUGUCGCCUUCUUUUCACUAUACUCUUCCUCCUCUAACUUUCAUUUUACUUUAUCGAAAAAGGCCUCCAUCUUAGCAGUCAACAGUAGCCUAGGCCAAGGCUCCUUUCACUCCUUUCGCGCACGUGAGGUGAGCAGCCGUAACCAGUUUCAGCUGGACAUAAGCUACAAGCUCAUGCAGUUCUCAUCACCUCACACACAAAAAAAUGUAGGACCCGGACCCACUCGGGUUGGAUCUCGGAAUUUUGGGUCUGUGGACCGGUGAAGGCCUCAACCCUGUGUGUGCACUGUGCAGAUCUCUGCACCAGCAAGGAUCUGACAUUGAUUAAUGAAUCUACUGCCCGUGUCUCUCUGUGCCUCCACCAGCUCUUCAUAUGGCGUGUACAGGGCAGCAUGCAGAAGCGGUCAGGACACUCCUACAGCUGGGGCUAGUAGACAAGGUGGAUGCCUCGGGCACCACUGCUCAACAGCUUGCCAAAAAACCAGACGUGCUCAAAGUGUUUGAAUGUGAUUUGACAUAAACUACUGUCUGAAUGGAGAAUCAAUAAAUGAUAGACAUUAAUGGUAUUCUGGAUGGCAGAUUGUAUUUAAAUAGAAUAAUAAAAAUAAUAACUUCAUAUAA